GUUCUGCUUUUCCUGGACCUGUUCCAAGCUCUCACGUUCCACAUCACACAUGGGACAUCUGGUGUCAGGCUCCCAGAGAGCAGGAACCAGGUGAAAUACAAGGGCACAGUCCUCCCAGCCAGUGGCAUGGGGAUAAUCGGACAGUACAACUCUCCACACUUUUUUAAUGGAAAGAUAUGAAUAAGGGGUCCACAGGAGCAACCUGAGGCCCUGCAACUACAUUUCCCAGGGCUCCCUGGGGUAACCAGGGAGGUGACUCUGGGGGCAGGGCCACGUGGACAUCCAAUGAGAGCACUUCCCCUGCAGACUUUGAAAGUGAGAGCACUUCCUCAUAGACGUUGGAUGUGGGAGGAGUGCAUUCAGUCUGGUUCCUGGUUGCCGCUGAAAUAACCUGCUCUCCAAAAUGUCCACCCAGGUGACUUAAGUCAGGUUCCCCCAAACCAGAAACCAAGACAAGAAUCCAUGUGUGAGAAACUGAAGGAAGUGCUGGGAGAGCCCCAGCUGCAGCCUGGAUGUGAAUUGCAACUCUGAAGUGCGUCCAGACGCAAGGCAAGGGCACUAGGCUUUCCAGACCUCCUACUAAGUCAUUGAUCCAGCACUGCCCUGGCAGGACAUAAAUCCCUGGCACUUCUAGCUCUCUGCAAAGGAGGGCAAAGCAGCUUCAGGAGCCCUUGGGAGUGCUCCAAAGAGAGUCUAGGGUACAGGUCCUAAAGUAGAACACAGAAGGCCGGCCAGGGGCACUGCGAGAUGGGAAAAGAGAUCUGAAGGGAUCCAGAAUUCAAGCCAGGAAGAAGCAGCAUUCUGUCUUCUGGAUUAAAACUGAAGCUCAACCUACUUUCAGCUUACUAAGAAAGGGGAUCAUGGACAUUGAAGCAUAUCUUGAAAGAAUUGGCUAUAAGAAGUCCAGAAACAAAUUGGACUUGGAAACAUUAACUGACAUUCUUGAGCACCAGAUCCGAGCUGUUCCCUUUGAGAACCUUAACAUCCAUUGUGGGGAAGCCAUGGACUUAGGCUUAGAGGCCAUUUUUGAUCAAGUCGUGAGAAGAAAUCGGGGUGGGUGGUGUCUCCAGGUCAAUCAUCUUCUGUACUGGGCUCUGACCACUAUGGGUUUUGAGACCACGAUGUUGGGAGGGUAUGUUUACAACACUCCAGCCAAAAAGUACAGCACUGGCAUGAUUCAUCUUCUCCUGCAGGUGACCAUUGACGGCAGGAACUACAUUGUCGAUGCUGGGUUUGGACGCUCAUACCAGAUGUGGCAGCCUCUGGAGUUAAUUUCUGGGAAGGAUCAACCUCAGGUGCCUUGCAUCUUCCGCUUGACGGAAGAGAAUGGAUUCUGGUAUCUAGACCAAAUCAGAAGAGACCAGUACAUUCCAAAUAAAGAAUUUCUUAAUUCUGAUCUCCUAGAAGACAGCAAAUACCGAAAAAUCUACUCCUUUACUCUUGAGCCUCGAACAAUUGAAGAUUUUGAGUCUAUGAAUACAUACCUGCAGACUUCUCCAGCAUCUGUGUUUACUAGCAAAUCAUUUUGUUCCUUGCAGACCCCAGAUGGGGUUCACUGUUUAGUGGGCUGCACCCUCACCUAUAGGAGAUUCAAUUACAAGGACAAUACAGAUCUGAUAGAGUUCAAGACUCUGAAUGAGGAAGAAAUAGAAAAAGUGCUGAAAAAUAUAUUUAAUAUUUCCUUGGAGAGAAAGCUUAUGCCCAAACAUGGUGAUAGAUUUUUUACUAUUUAGAAUAAGGAGUAGGCUGGGCGCGGUGGCUCACGCCUGUAAUCCCAGCACUUUGGGAGGCCGAGGUGGGUGGAUCACGAGGUCAAGAGAUCGAGACCAUCCUGGCUAACAUGGUGAAACCCCGUCUCUACUAAAAACACAAAAAAUUAGCUGGGCGUGGUGGCGGGCACCUGUAGUCCCAGCUACUCGGGAGGCUGAGGCAGAAGAAGGUGUGAACCUGGAAGGCGGAACUUGCAGUGAGCUGAGAUCGCGCCACUGCCCUCCAGCCUGGGUGACAGAGUGAGACUCCAUCUCAAAAAAAAAAAAAAAAAAAAAAAAAGAAUAAGAAGUAAAACAAUCUUGUGUAUUUGUCACCCAGCUCACCAGUUAUCAACUGAUGACCUAUCAUGUAUCUUCUGUACCCUUACAUUAUUUUGAAGAAAAUCCUAGACAUCAAAUCAUUUCACCUAUAAAAAUGUCAGCAUAUAUAAUUAAACAGCAUUUUAAGGAAACAGAACCACAAACCUUUUCAAAUAAUAAAAAUAAAGGUAUUUUGAAGAUGGCCUGUGGCUAUCUUGGAAAUCGGUGAUUUAUGCUAGAAAGCUUUUAAUGUUGGUUUAUUGUUGAAUUCCUAGAAAAGUUUUAUUGGUAGAUGAGUAAAUAAAAUAUUGUGAAAAAACUUAUUGUCUAUAAAGUAUAUUCAAACAUUGUUGGCUAAUAUAAUUUGAAUUAAAAUGGUUUUUUGGAAGACUUACGAUAUUAUGGGGCUACAUAAUUUUUCCUGAAUGUUCUCUUCCUCUGAUCUUUCUUGUCUCUUAAAUUAUUUUACUUCCUUGUGCUCUUUGCCAUAUGAGAAUGAACAUGAGCUUUUCUUGUGUAGAUCUGAGUUGAAAUCCUGUGGACACUGGGUGAAUUACUUUUUGUAUCUCUAGCUCUGACUCCUUAGGCAUAAAAUAGGAAUAAUGCUUUUACAGUUCAGUGGCAGAACUAAACUCCCAACACAUAUUUGUUAUAUGGAUCUUUUAAUAAUGUCAGUCAUGUUUUUGGUACUAAGUCAUUAUUUAAUAAAAGUUAUUCUUCUAUCUUGCUUGCCCCC